GGCUUUUCACUUCGCCUGAUCCUCUUAAUCUGAUGUAGGCUUCCCCUACUGAUGCUGCUGCUGCUGCGCACGACUCUCCCGGUUUCUUUUGCUUUUCCAAACCGACAUUGAACGCAACACAGGACCGGACUGACUCGAGUGUUUAUUUUUCAUCUGCUCACAAGUUUGACAACACCGCACAUGAGGAGAGCAAAAUAGAGGGAUCUGGAGAGGCUGAGAGAUGCUGGACUGGACUGACAGAAACAAAUCGGAGCUCAACUGAAGAAAAAACAAAACAAAAAAAAACACGGUGAUGACUGCGUUUUCCUGAGUGGACAUGGACAUGGAUCAGCAGUGUGACAGUGUGUCAUCUAUGUACAUCGCCUUAACAUCACUGAAGGACUGGCAGCAUUUGUGACAGAGCACCCUCAGCCUACUACCAUGAGCUUACCCGUGUGUUCUGAAUAAAAACAGCAUAGAAUAAAACAGCAGACUGAUCCAGAAUAUGUUGUUUUCGCACUAAGGCGCAGCGGACAUGGACAGAGACUGUGCGCCCUGCGUCAAACCUCCAAACCCGACGGGAUAUACAACAUCACUUCUUCACCUCAUUUUUUAAAACACCUCGUCUUUCUCCAACAUCGACGACCGAAGCACCUUUUCAAGCAUCUCCCAUUAUCCUGAACAAUUAACGCAAACUUUUCCUGUUCCAGAGCUCUUCGUAGGAUUUUCAUGAAGCCACGCAGACGGUGAUCGUGGGCUACUUUCUUGGGGGAUUUUGCUCCGUGUACACCGGGACAUCAUGUGGACACCGACGGAGGAUGAGAAAAUAGGAGUGGUCAUCUGUAACUUCCGGGGUUCAGUGACUCAGGGUUUGGCACUGGAGGUGGGAGAGACGGUUCAGAUUCUGGAAAAAUGUGAAGGAUGGUACAGAGGAUUCUCAACGCGGAAGCCAAAUGUCAAGGGAGUUUUUCCUGCCAGCUACAUACACUUGAAGAAAGCCAUCGUCACAAACCGAGGGCCACAUGAGACAGUGGUGCCUCUUGAAGACCCGAUUGUUACUGAGGUGACGUCGACGCUGCAGGAAUGGGCCAUACUGUGGAAGCAGCUCUAUGUGAAACACAAGGUGGACCUGUUCUACAAGGUCCGUCAUGUGAUGAUGGAGCUAAUCGACCUCAGAAGGCAGCUGUUGUCUGGUCACCUGACACAGGACCAGAGCCGCGACGUCAAGAGACACAUCACCGUCAGACUGGACUGGGGCAAUGAACAUCUGGGUCUAGACUUGGUGCCAAGGAAGGAGUUUGAGAUGGUGGAUGAAGACCAGAUCAGUGUCUCAGAUCUUUAUAAAAUGCAUCUGAGCAGCAGACACAGUGUUCAGCAGAGCACUACACAGAGCGACAGUUCCCGGCAGCGUCAUGGUGAGCCGUGUCGGGUCCCUGUUCCGCAUCAUCUUCUGGUCAACCUGAAGAGCUUCACCUACAACAGCAUAGGAGAAGACACCGACAUAUUCUUCUCUCUAUACGACCUGAGAGAGGCAAAGACCAUCAGUGAGAAGUUCAUGGUGAGACUGAACAAAAACGGAGGACCAAAGAAUCCAGAGAAGGUGGACCGGCUCUGUGCGCUUUUCACGGACCUGAGCAACAAAGACAUGAAGAGAGACCUUUACAUUGUCUCGCAGGUUAUCAGAACAGGUCGUAUGUUGUUGAAUGACAGUAAAAAAGGCCCUCCACAUGUUCAGUACCGCCGACCGUACGGUUGCGCCGUCCUGGCCAUGAGCGAUGUGCUGCAGACCAUCUCUGAACUCAAAGAGGAAAAAGACUUUGUCCUAAAAGUCUAUAUGUGCAACAAUGAGAAUGAGUGGUACCAGAUCCACGAGAACAUCAUCCGCAAGUCCAGCACCAAAUACACCACACCCAGCACCAACUAUGGUCUGAUAAUCUCUCUGCAGCUGCUGCGAGGGGACAUGGAACAGGUCCGCAGAGAGAACCCACUCAUUUUCAGCAGGGGCGUGGCCAUCACACGUAAACUGGGUUUCCCUGAUGUUAUUAUGCCAGGUGACAUCCGGAACGACCUCUAUCUGACUCUGGAGAGAGGAGAUUUUGAGAGAGGAGGGAAGAGUGUUCAGAAAAACAUAGAAAUUACUGUCUAUGUACUCUACGCAGAUGGAGAGAUCCUUAAGGACUGCAUCAGUCUGGGUUCAGGGGAGCCCAGUGUGCCAGAGCAUCGCUCUUUUGUGCUCUACCAUAACAACAGCCCUCGAUGGAGCGAGGUGAUUAAACUGCCUAUUCCCAUCGACCGAUUCAGAGGGUCCCACCUACGCUUUGAGUUCAGACACUGCUCCACAAAGGACAAAGGAGAGAAGAAGCUCUUUGGUUUUUCCUUCACUCCUUUGAUGAGGGAGGAUGGAACUACUCUGUCUGAUGAAAGCCAUGAACUCUAUGUUUACAAGUGUGAUGAGAACACGACCUUCAAUAACCAUGCUCUCUACCUGGGCCUGCCCUGCUGUAAGGAGGACUUCAACAGCUGUCCCAGUAUCCCCUCGAGCCUCAUUUUCCAGCGUAGCGCCAAGGAGACCUUCUGGAUCUCCACACAGCUCUCCUCCACCAAACUCACUCAAAACGUGGAUCUUUUGGCUUUACUGAAAUGGAAGGCCCAUCCAGAUCGGGUCAUGGACAUCCUCGGCCGACUACGACACGUCAGCGGAGAAGAGAUAGUCAAGUUUCUCCAAGACAUUCUGGACACUUUGUUCUCCAUCCUCGAUGACAACACUGAUAAAUAUGGACCCCUUGUGUUCCAGUCUUUGGUGUUUAUCAUAAACCUUCUCAGGGACAGUAAAUAUUAUCACUUCAGACCAGUGAUGGACACAUAUAUCCAGAAGCACUUUGCUGGCGCGUUGGCCUACAAAGAAUUGAUUCGCUGUCUGAAGUGGUACAUGGACCGCUCUGCAGAGGUGGUCAGACAGGACCACAUACAGGAAGCCAUGAGGGCCUUGGAGUACUUGUUCAAGUUUAUCGUACAGUCUCGAAUCCUUUACUCUCGAGCAACCUGUGGAAUGGAGGAGGAGCAGUUUCGAACCAGCAUCCAGGAACUAUUUCAGUCGAUCCGAUUCGUCCUCAGCCUCGAUAGUCGCAACUCAGAGACUCUCAUCUUCACGCAGGGCUCCCAGCCUUGUCCAGGCCAAAAUCAAGCCCCAGGUCCUGGUGUUGGACCUACUGCUCCUUUAGCACUAGCCUCUGCCCUGGGCCAAACCCCACCCCCUGCCCCAGGACAGGUUCCUGGUGGUGGGCAAGCCAACUGCAAUCAGGCCUGGAGCUCCAACGCUCUGCGGCCUUCUCCGUUAUCAGCUGCUCUGCUGAACUCCUUCCCAGCGAUCUUUGAUGAACUGCUGCAGAUGUUUACAGUGCAGGAAGUAGCUGAGUUUGUGCGUGGCACUCUGGGCAGCAUGCCAUCCACGGUCCACAUCGGACAGUCCAUGGAUGUAGUCAAGCUGCAGUCCAUAGCCCGCACAGUGGACAGCAAGCUCUUCUCUUUUCCAGAGUCUCGAAGGAUUCUGCUUCCUGUAGUUCUGCAUCACAUCCAUCUCCAUCUGAGGCAGCAGAAAGAGCUGCUCAUCUGCUCUGGAAUACUCAGCUCUAUAUUCUCCAUAAUCAAGACGAGCUCACUGGACACGUCAGUGCAGGAGGAGGUGGAGAUGAUGGUCGAGUCCUUAUUGGAUGUUCUCCUGCAGACCCUACUGUCAAUAAUGAGCAAGAGUCAAUCGCAGGAGGCGGUAAGGGGUCAACGCUGUCCGCAGUGCACCGCGGAGAUCACUGGGGAGUAUGUGUCAUGCCUCCUAUCACUCCUCCGUCAGAUGACAGAUAUCCACUUUCAACAUCUGAUGGAAAACUUUCAGAGCAAAGAAGAGCUCAAGGAGUUUCUGCUGAAGAUCUUGUGUGUGUUUAGGAAUCUGAUGAAGCUGAGUAUUUUCCCACGUGACUGGAACAUUAUGAGGCUUCUGACCAGCAACAUCAUCCUGACCACAGCUCAGUACCUUUCUCCUGCUCUGCACAAGAACUUCACAGAAGCUGACUUUGACUUUAAGGUGUGGAACUCCUACUUCAGUCUGGCAGUGCUGUACAUCAAUCAGCCCAGUUUACAGCUGGAAAACCUGAGUCCUGCAAAGAGGAAGAAAGUCCUAGACAAGUAUGGUGACAUGAGAGUGAUGAUGACCUAUGAACUGUUCAGCAUGUGGCAGAACCUGGGUGAGAACAAAAUCCAUUUUAUCCCGGGUAUGAUCGGUCCAUUCUUGGGAGUGACUCUGGUCCCUCAGGUGGAGGUACGAAACAUCAUGAUCCCCAUCUUCCAUGACAUGAUGGACUGGGAGCAACGCAAGAACGGAAACUUCAAACAGGUGGAGGCUGAGCUGAUUGAUAAGCUGGACAGUUUGGUCUCUGAGGGGAAAGGGGAUGAAAACUACAGGGAACUCUUCAGUUUACUAACCCAGCUGUUUGGGCCCUACCCCAGUUUGUUAGAGAAAAUCGAGCAGGAGACAUGGAGAGAAACAGGGAUUUCCUUUGUUACUUCAGUCACUCGGCUGAUGGAGCGACUGUUGGACUACAGGGACUGUAUGAAGGGAGAUGAGACAGAAAAUAAGAAGAUUGGAUGCACUGUUAACCUUCUGAACUUCUACAAGUCAGAGAUCAACAAGGAGGAGAUGUACAUCCGCUACAUCCACAAACUGUGUGAUAUGCAUCUACAGGCUGAGAACUUCACUGAGGCUGCGUUCACUCUGCUGUUAUACUGGGAACUGCUGCACUGGGAUGAGCGGCCGCUCAAAGAGUUUCUUCAUUAUCCUGCUCAGACUGAGUGGCACCGCAAGGAGGGGCUCUGCCGCAAGGUCAUCCACUACUUCAACAAGGGGAAGUGUUGGGAGUACGGUAUUCCUCUGUGCAGGGAGCUGGCCUUCCAGUAUGAAUCUCUGUAUGACUACCAGAGCCUCAGCUGGAUUCGGAAAAUGGAGGCAGCGUAUUAUGACAACAUAAUGGAGCAGCAGCGUCUGGAGCCGGAGUUCUUCAGGGUUGGAUUCUAUGGCAGGAAGUUCCCCUUCUUCCUCAGAAACAAGGAGUUUGUCUGUCGUGGUCAUGACUAUGAAAGGCUAGAGGCCUUUCAGCAAAGGAUGCUGGGAGAGUUUCCACAGGCCAUUGCAAUGCAGCACCCCAAUCAGCCAGAUGAGGCCAUUCUGCAGUGUGACGCUCAGUACCUCCAGAUCUACGCAGUAACACCAGUGCCAGAGAGCGUCAGCGUCCUCCAGAUGGACCGAGUACCCGACCGCAUCAAGAGCUUCUACAGAGUCAACAACGUUCGGCGUUUCCGCUACGACCGGCCCUUCCACAAAGGACCCAAAGACAGAGACAAUGAGUUCAAGAGUCUGUGGAUAGAGAGAACAACCCUGAUCCUGACUCACCCUCUGCCUGGUAUUUCACGCUGGUUUGAAGUGGAGAAAAGAGAGCUGGUGGAGGUGAGUCCUUUAGAAAAUGCCAUCUCUGUGGUGGAGAAUAAGAACCAGGAGCUGCGAACUCUGAUCAGUCAGUAUCAGCACAAGCAGCUGCACGGAAACAUCAACCUGCUCAGUAUGACGCUGAACGGGGUCAUCGACGCCGCUGUUAACGGAGGCAUCGCCAGAUACCAAGAGGCUUUCUUUGACAAAGAGUACAUAACCAGCCAUCCUGAAGACACAGAGAAGAUCACACAGCUCAAAGACCUGAUGCAGGAACAGGUUCACAUCCUUGGAGUUGGUCUCGCUGUGCAUGAGAAGCUGGUGCACCCAGAAAUGCGUCCCCUGCACAAGAAACUGAUUGAUCAGUUCCAGAUGAUGAGGAGCAGCCUCUGUCAUUGUUUCUAUGUGGCCUUGCAGGGUCUGCCUGGUUUGGACAAACCUGGUGCAAACACUCCCAGAGGGAUCCUGGCCUCUCACAGCCCUAUGAGCCCCGAGAGCUUCAAACUCAUGCACCGGCACAGUCCCAUAGCUGUUUUGACUCCAGUACGAAACUCCUCCUCCUCUCUCUCCUCUCAAAACUCCAGUGAGACAGGUAACAUCGGUAACCUGCUGAUCCUGGCCGAUGGCAUGGUGGUGGAACACCCAGAGGACUUCUACCGCAUGCAGGCGAGCCCUUCCUCCUCCAGUCUUAGCUCCACCCACUCAGCCCCUUCACAGCUGAUAAACUCCACCCCCUCAACUAUCAGAGUUGGAUCUCCUUCUCUACCAGACAAAUACAGACAUAACAGAGAAAUGCUGAUGCUGCUGCCGCCACACAGAGAACGACCGAGCAGCGCCAUGUAUCCCAACAUCACGGAGAACGGACAGCCGACCAACUUCCAGCGAGCGCUGUUCCAUCAGGUGAUCGGUCCGUGUAAACCCUGCAGCGACCCCAACCUGUCUGUGGCUGAGAAAGUCCUCACCACUCCCAGUAGCUGGAGUUUAGACAGUGGGACCAGAGAAGCCCUCCCCUUCCUCACUGCCCACGUUGGCAGCGUCAUGGCGCCUCCUGUUCCCCCACGCAACCUGCCUCAAGGGCAACACCUGUCGAUGCACUUUGAUGCUUUCCACCACCAGGUCAGCGACCUCCCUCCAGCUCUCCCCGCGCGCUCCUUAAGAAAGUCUCCCCUUCACCCUAUACCUGCCUCGCCCACCAGUCCACAGUCCAUCCUGGAUGGCAGUAACUCCACUCUGUCGGGCAGCGCCAGUUCUGGAGUCUCGUCCCUCAGCGAGAGUAACUUUGGCGGCCCCACCUCAUCCUCUGACCCCCCUGCCAGUCGCACAGACACCUUAGAGUCCGUCCCCAGCAGCCAGGCUUGGACCACUGACCAGGAAGACCUGGACUCGCCUUACCAGCCGGUCAGGUACAGCGUCUCAGAGCCUGAAGUCUUGGACGGAGCUAAACCCCCACCCUGUCGCAGCCAUUCGGCCCCAGGAGGGGUCACCCCAGCACAGACAGGGGUUCACCUCCAGGGCCAGGGUCCGGCUUCAGCCUCCAGCGGAGCUCCACCACAGCCACAGCUACAGGACAGCCUGCCCCACGCUCCACACAUCUACUACCAUCACCACCACUUCCACCCGCACUACAUCCCCCAUCACCCACCUCUGUACCACCUCCACGAACCGCCUCCCGCGCUGCCUCCCAAACCCUACUUCAGGGAGGGCUGCAUCCCUGAGGAGGACUCCCAGUCUGCACCCCCACCCCCUGCUCCCAGACCCAUGCCUCGGAAGAUCUCCCAGCCCAUCAUCGCAGCUACCAAGGAGGAGCAGGCGAAAGUGGCAUGGGAGCAUGGAGUCAGCGAGGAGUAAGGAGUCAGCGUCUUAUCAGUUUUCAUCCAACAAAAUAUUAACUCUUCUAAAAAGAGAAACACGUCACAGCCAAACUAUGUCCUGAAGUGAUGUUUAGAGGAGCUGUCAGAUUCCCUCCGGUGUCCAGUCCAACAACCAAACUGAACCGAGCCAAGAAAAAGCAGCAAGAACGAUCAUUGUUGACAUGAUCCGCUCUCUUGCCUCUUUUCCUCUACCUUCAGACUUUAACCAAAUCACUGUCACAUACACUCUUUUAUGUGCACAUUAACCAUGUAUUUUUAUCCAUCAACCUUCAUUAAAUAACCUUGCACAUUUCUAAUUUCAGUCAAACUUCACAGAUCAAUCACAACUAAGUUCAUAGUUAACACCAUUACAAAAACCUAUGAUUUAUUUUUUAGUAAAACGAUAAUAUCCUGUCAAUACAAGAAGAAGCACUUUAAUAACAGAGCACCAAAACUUUAGAGUAACAAUUAUAAUCUACAGAUAUUUUUAACAAAUAAAAACAGUAAUUGUGGAACGUGCUGAGGUUUGAGAAAAAGUGGUGUUUAUGGUAAAGUGUAGAUCAAAUGAAAACGAAGAAAUUCUUAUAAUGAAGACAAUAAACCGCACAACAUAAGAGUCCACCUGAGCCCUCCUGCCUGAACAAACAAAAACAACGCUUCCUCUUAGCGUUUCUGUUCUCCCUGGACAAACAGGCCACUGGGAGCGUCUGAAACAAGCCAUGUUCCGCAGUGUCAUCUUUUCCUGAUUUACUACCAACAACCGGCUCAGCGAAGCCAAGAAACUAUUUAUAUUUUCCGAAACUGAAGCAAAGUAUGUAGAUAAAUGUAACACAGUAUAUAGGAGUAUAGAAUUAUAGUUUAUAUUUAAUCCUCAUACUUUUGACGGAAGGUGAGACCUAUGUAGAAAUAUGCAAGAUAACUGGCCUCCUGAGCCAGACGUAGCUGCUUGAUGAUACAUGACGUGCACUUGUUGAACUUUGGGACGAGACCUCACACACAAACAGCAGCAGGUUUGAACUGAGAGCGUUACAUCCUAUAGUAUUAAAGCUGAAGAAAUCAAUGAAGCUUGUGUUAAAACAAACCUGCGGAUGUGCAUGAGGCAUCAGGGGGAUGACAUUUAUAGAGAGUAUUAACUAUAAUAACUGUACACUUUGCCAUUUUUUAUGACUGUAACUGUACUGACUGUACAUUUUGCAAUCCAGGUACUGUUUUGUAUGCAUGUUCAUUCACUAAGCAGAACUCAACGUGAGCCGCAGAUGUAGACAAAUGGAAGCAGAGGACGAUUCCUGUGCGUUGACGUCUCUACGAAGUGAACACUUUUUAAUCACCGAGGAGAUUAAACCUACAAGAUGUCAUACUGGUGACACAAGUGUACCGUAUUGUGAAGGCUUAUGACUUUUUUGUUGACUUUUUCAUUUUUAGCCACCAGUGUAAACUAUGUACAUGCUGUCGUCCUGAGCCUCUGAAACACACUCUUUUACCUGGGUGAGAUGAACUGAACAGACCCUGGUUUUCAGGCGUUUAACUCUUCCGGAUCAUCCCAUGACGUUAAAAGACACAGUGGAUUUUACACACUGAAGGACAGCGGUUCACAUUUGAAGUGCACAAAUCUUAAUCAUGAGAUCAUAAAGGAGCAGGAAACUGACAAAAAGUGAUAAGAGAUGUUGUGUGUUGGUGUUUUUUUUUUCAUCAUUCUAGACAUACUCUUGUGUCUUUUCUUUUUUUUUUUUUUUUUUGCUUUUUGUUUUUGUGGCUUCUCUACAUACCGUGUAACUUGUAUUGUAAUGUUUUUGGUCUUCUUGAAGGAACACAUACUUUAAAGUUCUGGGUAUAAACUUGUAUCUCUCUGAAUUAAUGGGCAUUGUUUCACCUGAGAGCACAGAGAGAAACAAAUCUGACCCUGAUAAACAUCCUGUGACGUACUGUUUCUCCAUCAAAUUCAGGACAGUCUUGAGUAUUUUAUUUCCUGAUGCCAUCUCUUGAGGCUUCUCUUGUGUACUUUCCCUUUAUUUCUAAUGAGAAGGUUUAUACAGCAGACAGUUUAUAUAGCAAGAAAAAAAAAAUCACAUCGUGCACAUUUCCUCUCGUUGUCUUAAACGUUCACACCUACUGCCAGGUUUGACUCAAAAUUAGUUAAUCGUGACAUUUUUGUCAAACGGCACAAACUUUCUGAUUUAAUCUAAAGAACAAACAUGUAAUUCUAAGCAGCUUUUUGACCGACUGUCCUUAGCAGUGGAAACAUUAGAUGAGGAUUCAGAGCUUUGAAAGCAGUAACUAAUACAUGUGUUGCAGUUUACUCCAUUAAAGUAGCAUUUUGAGAUUGAUUUCCACUAUAUCUGAAAGAAAUUAAAGCAGAGGGAGGAAAAUAUUUGAUGGAUUUUUAAGACUUUUGUAGCAGGUGGCUAAGGUGAUAAAAAUAAUGACAUAUCUACAGUCUGAGCCAAACCUUUACUACGGAUGUGAAAUAUACAUCAUGACUAAACUGGACCAUACUUCCAGUGUGAGAGUAGAUAAACUAUGCAAAUCCCCUUAAAAAUUGGACAAUUUUUAAAAAUAUUUUCUUUGAAAUUUUUAAUUAUUUUACUGCCUCUUUAAAGCUGAGGGUAUAUUUUACACUGGAAUAUUUUUAUUUAUUUUAUGAAGUCCUUUCUAAAGAACUAAAAUGUUCAUUCAAGAGUCAGGAAAAUCUAAUGCGCUUUUAAAAAGUCACAAAAGCAAACUGAUGGAAAGGUAAUCAUUUUUUUGGAGUGGGAAAGCUAAAAGCUUAUUAAUCAUUUUAGGUCCAACCUGAAGCUCGAGCUCACAGCUUUGACUUUUUAUUUUAACGUCUGAACACAGUUUGUUUGUUUGUUUUUGUGAUUACUGCAGUGGAUGAAAGUGAAGGACAGUGAAGGGAAAAGGAUAAAUAUUAAGUUGAUUCGUGUACAUAAGGAGAGUGUAUUUAUACGAUCAUAAAGGGCAAAAACCUUGUAUAAUGUAGAUUGUGAUUGUCUUGCCUUGUAAUUUCUGAUGUAAAACUGUUUUUAAACCUCAACCACAGCGAAAAAAAAACAAGCUCCUUUUGUCUAACUAUUGGAUUCUUUCAGGGCAGCUGCUGCUGGGACAUUUAUUAUUUUGUGUAUUUUGCAUCAGUGAUAAAUCCAGAUGGGAGAUGCUAUGAUGGUUUUCCUUUGUACAAUGAGGCUAAUAAGUAUUUCUUGUAUAUAAAAGUCUUUAUUGUGUUAGCAUGGGUAUAAACUGUGACGUGUAUGACAGUAGAUGUAAAUACUCACGUUUUUCCUACUCACUAAACUGCUGUGUUGUGGAUCCAUGAUUAAUGACAACAUUAAACAAUGUUUUACUGACUCA